AUGUUCUAUCAGUUUGUGGACGAUGAAAUGCAGCCAUCGCAAAAACGAUUCCGAGGAAGCUAUAUGGACGCUCUAGCUACGCUGGUGUUGACCCGAUUCUCUGGUUUGCGUUCGUUGGAUAUCUGCGAGGGCUUUCUACGCUACUCGGUCUUAUUACCACAACUCUUAAAGAGGACGGACUAUCUCUUCCCCAAGCUGCGCCAUGUUGUCCUCGGAGACAAGAACCUCGAAUCAAGCAGAAAUGUCUUGUACAUGGACCUCACUCUCAUAAGGCCAAUCUUCUACUCGUCGACAGUUGCCGAGUUUGAGUGCUCCAUGUCUCAGCCUUGGCGGUUCAAAUGGAAUGAUGCCAGGACACCACACAGCUACAGCUUGACUUCCUUGACCUUGUUCCGCACCAACAUUAGUAGAGCAACGCUCAGUGAAUUGCUAUCCGCCACCCCUAAACUGAGAUAUCUCUACCUCGAGCAUGAAUUCGCUUUUAACGCUGCGACACCCAGUGGUCCUUCUCUGUCGCCUUAUCUCGGGCUUGACGAGCUAAACAAAGCUCUCUUCCACGUCAAAAACACCAUGGAGGAAUGCCACUUCAUACUGCGCCUUGGCCCCGGCUCCAUAUCGACGACAGAGUACCCUCUCGCCAGCGUUCGGUUUCCAGCCAUACAAGGGACCUUGGCCAUGCUCAAGUACAUGCCGCGGCUGGUCAAAGCAGAAGUGCCUAUGAUAAUGCUACUUGGCUGGUAUCCAGACUUUGCAGCUAAGCUGGAGGAGGUACUGCCCCACGGGAUUGCCGACCUCACUCUACGCGACGACCUCGUGCGCUAUUGCCCGUGGGUUGCGCCUGCGAAUGCCGAGAGGAAAGUGCUGCGGAUCGGCGAGUACAUCAAAGGGCGGGCGUUCCACGCAACACAUCUGGACUCCCUCAGGGUCCGGCUCACCUCUGCGAAGCGCUCGUUGGGACGUUCGGUUGGUGCUUUGAAUCUAUCCACCACUGGCAGAGGGAGCUGCACCAGCCUGGUCCGGGGGAAGAAGUCGGAAACGUACGGCUGGCGGUUUGAGAAGGUGAAGUCUGCCUCGACAAGCCCAGUUUCUGUGUCUCAAACGGCGCGGAAAGACAGUGUAUUCCGCCCAAAGUCGCCUCUGUUCAAGACGUGCCGGCCCGAGGCGAGCUUCUUCUGA